CUCCCGGAGUCCCGCACUCACUGUCCUUGGUUUGACAAAAUACAACCUGUCGAAGAUUACACGCUAACACGGCUUGCCCUGUGAGCACUAAAUCAUGUCAUCAGUGCGAGAAUACAAAUCCCCGCAAACCGGAAGAAUAAUGCCAUGAGGAUAAACAAAAAUAAAAAACUUUUAAUUCUGGACUUAUUAACGUUUAUUUGAAACGAGGAAGAGUUUGUAUCGAAGUGAGCACUCACCGCUUUUCCUUCUCUUAGAUUUUUCUGUCAACAUUCACUCAUCAUCAUUCAUCUGGUUUCCUCUUUUUCCUCCACGCAGCAUCUGGGUUUGUCUUUUCCAGGCUCGUCUCUUUAUUGCGCUGCGGCUGCCUUCCCGUCAGCUCGAUCAGGAAACACGCACAGAUAAACGGCUCUCGCCUGGGGAAGCCGGGGAUGUAUGAAGCUGAAGUCAGUGUAAGCAGCUAACAUUUAUAGCCUUGGUUAGUGAUUCCAGCCUGAGCGUGAAAAAACAGCCGAUAAAAUGGAAUAAGUAAAGCUGUAAUGUUUAGAGAAAGACCGAGAAAUGAAAUAAAUCUCUCCGGAAUCGUCGUGGAUUUACUGUAGUGAGUUGUUCUAAAAGACAGUGGAGAACUGCUGUUCCUCUGUGUUAAGGUGAGUAUUAAAACAGGGACACUGUGAACUGCUUUCUCCGGAGGCGACAUUGUAAAAACGCAAGCCGAGAGAGGUGAUGCCUCCACCGGCCAACAACUGAGGACUGACCCGGUGUUUGGCUUGGAAAUGGGGGUGGGAUUUCCCGAUCUCUCCUGUCAUUGGUUAAUAUUUUAUUCUGUUGACAUGUUUUCUUACUGCUAAUGCUUCCGACACCUUCUUGUCCCCCCCUCCUUUUCUAGAGUCUGACCGGAGCUGUCAGAACCACGCCUAUAGGGGCCCACAAUUGGUCCACAAAGCGUAAAAUCAGCAAUCAAAGGGGCUUGGUUCAUUAGUGUUGGGGAUGGAGGCAGGAAGGACAUGUGAGAUAGUCACAGAUCUGCAGUGAACGGGGCCACAUCUCUCCAGUCAGUGUGGGAUGACUAAAGCAGAGAAACAGCUUAUUUCUCUGAGAGGCACACAUCGCAGCCGGGCUUUGGCUUCACCGAGCCGCUUUUACUGAAGGACUUGGUGGAGGAACCAAAGGAAAAUCACAUCCACAGCAACUCUGGGCUGUUUUCUUCAGCCUGUUAACGCACUGUUCGUUUGACUGUGCAGUUUUGUCCCGCUUUACAGAAAUUCUCGCGAGUCGCGGACCUAUACGCUCGCUCCGGGUUGCGGGGAAAUACCAAUAAACUAUCCAUUAUUUCACUUCGGUUUUUGUGGAUGCACCGAUGAGAGAUCCAGUUUUCACGGGGACUGCAAUGGCUUAUCACCCUUUCCACGCACACCGGCCGACCGACUUCCCUAUGUCCGCUUUUCUAGCGGCCGCGCAGCCUUCGUUCUUCCCGGCGCUCAGCCUCCCUCCCGGGGCUCUCACCAAGACCAUGUCGGACCACGGCCUCGCUGGGGCGGCAGAAGCUGCGCUCCACCCGGCCCUCAGCCACCACCAGGCUGCUCAUCUCCGCAGCAUGAAGAGCCUGGAGCCCGAGGAAGAGGUGGACGACGACCCCAAAGUUACACUGGAAGCCAAGGAUCUUUGGGACCAGUUUCAUAAACUCGGGACUGAGAUGGUUAUUACCAAGUCCGGGAGGAGGAUGUUCCCUCCGUUCAAAGUUCGAAUAAACGGACUCGAUAAAAAAGCCAAAUACAUCCUUCUGAUGGACAUCGUGGCGGCGGACGACUGCCGCUACAAGUUCCACAACUCCCGCUGGAUGGUGGCGGGCAAGGCCGACCCGGAGAUGCCCAAGAGGAUGUACAUCCACCCGGACAGCCCGGCCACCGGCGAGCAGUGGAUGGCCAAGCCUGUUGCUUUCCAUAAACUCAAGCUGACAAACAACAUUUCAGACAAGCACGGAUUUGUCCAGACCAUCCUGAACUCUAUGCACAAGUACCAGCCCCGGUUCCACAUAGUGCGGGCCAACGACAUCCUGAAGCUCCCCUACAGCACCUUCAGGACCUACGUGUUCCCGGAGACAGAGUUCGUGGCAGUGACAGCGUAUCAGAACGACAAGAUAACGCAGCUGAAGAUUGACAACAACCCUUUUGCCAAAGGAUUCAGAGACACGGGGAACGGGAGGAGAGAGAAAAGGAAACAGCUAACCAUGCCGUCGCUCAGGAUGUAUGAAGACCAGUGCAAGGCGGAUCGGGAUGGUGCGGAUUCGGACGCCUCGUCUAGCGAACCCCCAGGCCGCGACCCCGUGCACUCCCCGCUGGGAGCCGACAGCAGCCCACUGAGGUUCAGCAGGCCAAGCCGAGAUGAUAAAACAUGCACUGACAGCGAGCAGGAGCUGGAUCAUCCUGACGAGCGCUGCACUGGCUCCAACAGCCCGGGACCUGAACCUGUGUCCCCCUACAGCUCAAGGUGUGAGGAGCGCAUCAGGGACAGGCCGAGCACAGAAAAGAAGGAGGACUCCCAUUUCAGUAUAAGGAACCUUGAGAAGGACAAAGCGGAGAGCAGGCACAGGAAGGACACCACAGACGUGUUGACAAAGGACUCAGAGGCCGGAGGCAUUAGUGCCACUAAGGAGGCCUUCUCCCCUCUCAUGGUCCAGACCGAGAGCCCCUCGCACUUCAGCCCGGGCCACUUACAAAGCCUGGCUCUGUCUGGCCUGCACAGUCAGCAGUUUUUUAACCCUCUAAGCGCUGGAUCACCGCUGUUUUUUCACCCUGGGCAGUUCGCCAUGGCCCCCGGAGCCUUUUCUGCUAUGGGCAUGGGGCAUCUAUUGGCCUCUGUAUCCGGAGCAAGUGGUUUGGAAAACGGCGGCCACUCUGGCCAGGGCACAGGAGGAACCCCCAACCCCUUCCCCUUCCAUCUUUCCCAGCACAUGCUCGCCUCUCAGGGCAUCCCCAUGCCGCCAUUUGGUGGUCUGUUCCCGUACCCCUACACCUACAUGGCGGCCGCUGCAGCAGCGGCCUCUGCCUCCGCCCUCCCCGCCACCAGCACCUCCAGUCCCCUCUCCAGGAACCCCUUUCUGACUGCGUCACGUCCCAGACUCCGAUUCAACCCUUACCAGCUCCCAGUGUCGCUGCCACAGAGUUCCAGUUUGCUUACCACCAGUCUGCAGAGCUGCCUCAACCUAGGGUCCGAAUCCUCCAAACCAGGCAGCAGGGAGACCAGCCCGGCCCCAGAGCUCCACAGCAACCACAAGACAGGAGGGUCCAGUGUGAGGGCUGCAUCUCCUAAAACUUCAGUGAAGGACUCAGUGAAUGAGCUGCAAAGCAUCCAGAGACUGGUGAGCGGCCUGGAGGGCCAGAGGGAGCCCUCCCCCAGGGCAGACUCUCCCAAGUGAUGAAGACUCUGUUUAGGAUGAAGACUUGGCUUGAAUACUAGAGGACUAUAAGUGCAAAUGUCCUGUACAGCACAUUAAGGAGACUGGGAUGAGGUUUGACCGAUAUGGGUUGCUGAAGGCCAAUAACUGGUAUUUCUUGGAACAAAACUGCGGAUUGACAGAAACUUAGUCAAGCUGACCUGAUAGAAAGCCUGCCAGAUAAAAUGUGGUUUAUCAUUAAAGUGUGUUGAUUAUAGUUUAAAAACUAGAAAACAAAAAAUGUAAAAACUCCCCCCUGAAGCCCAGUGUUUUCAGAUUAGUCCUUCUUGAAGGCAGGCAUACUGGGAUACAUUCCCACAUUGAUAUCUUUAAAAUAUUUUUAAAAACUAACAUUGAAGAUGAAUGCGAAAAUUGAGAAAUAUAUACUAAAAUAAUGGUUUAUUUUUAAAUAACUGACCUUCCAGCUCAUGGACAUGCCAUCAUGUCCCACUCUAUCAUAUCCAUAAUCACAGGUGGACCAGUAUCUGCCCCAUAUCGUUCUCCACACACUGAUCGACGCACAGGGAGAGUGUGUGUUGAUUUAGGUUAACUUGAAGCGUUUGAGCAUCCAGGCUUUUUUUUUUUUUUUUUUUAAAUACCGAGCCGAGCCCUGAACAGGAGCCUCAUCCCGCCGAGAGGCAGGUCUCAAGCUGCAUCCAAAAACUUUUCUUUUUUUCCAGGCCUGACAUUUCAAAAGGCUUGGAAGGUGAACUGCGAGAGGAAGACAGACAGAACCGCUUAUCAUUUCGUGCCCGAAAAAUUGCUUCUGAACUAUUUAUGUAAUUAAAGAUAAAAUAUUCUGUAAAUAAAGCUAAGAUCCAAGAA